CCGCUAACGUCCUUCUCCCUCUUCUACAGUGCUUAUCUCCUAAAUUAUCGGAGGGAGGGAGGGAGAGAGAGAGAGAGAGAGAUGGCUGCAAAUGCAAAGAACCCACCAUUUAAGAUAAUAUUGGGUUCGUCUUCAAUGGCUCGUCGACAAAUUCUAGUUGAAAUGGGAUAUGAAUUCUCAAUCGUGACAGCAGACAUUGAUGAGCAAAGUAUUAGGAGGGAAAAGCCAGAGGAUUUGGUAAUGGCUCUUGCUGAGGCAAAGGCAGAUGCCAUCAUAUCAAGGCUCAAAAUUACAAGUCAUUUGGAGGACAAUGCUCACUCUACGCUGUUAAUUACUGCAGACACAGUGGUGGUGUAUGAAGGGAUGAUCAGAGAAAAGCCAUCCAGCAAGGAAGAAGCACGCCAGUUUAUCAAAGGCUAUUCUGGUGGUAGUGCUACAGUGGUGGGAUCUGUACUAGUAACCAAUCUAAAAACAGGUACCAGAAAGGGAGGAUGGGACAGCGCAGAGGUUUAUUUCCAUGACAUACCAAAUGAGGUCAUUGAUAGCCUGGUUGAGGAAGGAAUUAUGCUCAACGUUGCUGGAGGUUUGAUGCUUGAACAUCCUUUGACAUUGCCCUUUGUUGACACCGUGGUAGGAACAGCUGAUUUUGUUAUGGGACUUCCGAAAUCUCUGACGGAGAAGCUUAUUCAAGAAGCCCUUUAACUUCUGUUAGUGGUGCUGAUGUUCUGAUCUUGCUUCAUUAUCUUCAAUAUUUGUUUUUUUGCCAUAUUUCGAGUUAUGGCCAUAGUUGAUUCAUUUGAUUGGUUUUGAUUGAAAAGUCCUGUAUUUUAAUGUCAGGUUGAACAGGCAAUGCUAUGAUCCCCGGGCUGAAUCUUUGAUGCUGAUUAUUGAUGCUUUUGUACAAUGGAUUGCUAAACUGCAUCCAAGUGAAUUUGUUUCGCAACUCUUAACAUGAUUGAUGUCCGUUUAGAUA